GUUGAGCGAUGAUCCGCCCCUACCCUGCCUCUGAUUGGCUAAAUCUUUCUGCUAAUCGCUAACGUUAGCCUAGCAGUGAUGCUAACCAGUGCUACAAGAGUGACAAAUGCGUUAUCCCGGCCAAAUACCCUCAACAUGGAUGCUAAGUGUGCUGCACCGAAAGUGGCGACAGCAAGAUCAGGAAAUCUGAGAAGGCCCCUCAGCACCGCUGAGCGGUUUCCCUGCAAAGCCCCAUCCAUAAAUAUUAACCAAUACUGUGAGUUAUUGGAAUUCUUACCAAAGGAUUAUCAGUACCAUGUCUGUAAAUACAAAGCUGUGAACCAAUCCAGCGAUGACCAUAUCAGUUUUGAGGCCAUAGUGCGGAUGUCCCUUAAAUCGAAGGAGGAGAUCCUGGUGUGGCUGAAGUCCAUGGCAGUCACAUGGAGAGUGGCCCACACCAGGCCCACAAAAGGCCACAGGAUCAUCUUCAAAGCAGACUACCGGUGCCAGCACAACACCAAGCCCAGGGAAACAUUAAAGGCUGGCAGGGUGUCCAAAAAUACUGGCUGCCCUGCUAAACUUAAAGUCACCCUUGUGCGCACUGAGGUCUCCAAGGGGCAACGGAGCAGGAACACUGAUCCUCAUGUACCUGACUACCCAACAAUUGUGGAUAUCAAUAAUAUUCACAAUCACAGAAUACAAGAGGUUGAUGCAAUGCAUCACCAGGAUGUGGAUGUGGCCAACAAGACUGGAGAAGCUCAAAAAGUUGCUUGAGGCUGGGCACUCUCCAUCCUCAGCACUUGAUGUGUUGAAGUAUGAUUUGCAGGUUCAGUGUAAGGAUGAUUGCACCUCAGCAGACCACUCCGUCUGUCCUGACCUGCACUUCUGCCAUAGAAUGCCUUUCCAUUUCUGCCCCCAGUGUGGGACGAAGUUGCAGCCUGGUUUCAGAUUUUGUCCAUCAUGUGGGGAGAAGCUUCCAAGUGUCGCUGAUGAAUCUGGACCUGUGAGCUCCACUGUUUCUCCACCCAGGAGGGAUGAAGUACCAGUAUUGACUAAAAUAAGCCUUGCAUCAAGUUCAAGCCCAAGUUCAGAGCCCAGAGAAAGUAACGCCCAUGCAUGUACUACCUCAACUCCAGUUACAGCUCGCCCUGCACUGCGAAAAACCCGUAACUCCCUUCGUCUGGACAGGGAAAUUAAAUUCAACAUUAAAGAUGUCACUCCACCUGUGGUGCCCUCCACUAAUGACAAGACUGAAGAUAAUGGCGUUGGUGUCCAUAUAUCUCCACCAAAGCAGCACUCAGUCACUUUCAAACUGGAUGCAGAGGUACAGCCCAGAUUAGAGACUUCAUCUUCUCCUGUCAUUAAAUCCCCUCGAACUGUGAGGGGAAAGGCAAAACUCUUCAGUCCUGUGGUGAAGCAGGUAGAAGAGGGAAAGAAGCUGACUGAUAAAACAAGUGGGAAGGCAGAGGGACUGACAGUAGACGGCUUUACUGUGGCUGUUUCUCCAGUUUCCUCACCAAUCUCUAGGUCUCCUUUAAAAGUGACGGGAAAAAGCAAGUCCAAAAAGGCAAAGCAUGCACCCACUGUGGAACCGCUACAGGAAGGCGAGGAGGUGACAGAUACGGCAGGCAAGAAGUGGAAACUGAUGAAGCUGCUCAGUCAAAGCACAACAGAGAUCAUCUAUGAAGUUUUGCAAACAAAUUCACGAUCCAGUUCCAAGGAAGCAAAUCACGUCCUCAGGCUGGGAGCUAAAGAUGGUAGAAUCUUCAAUGAGCAGAACUUCCUGCAGAGAGCUGCCAAACCUGCGUCAGUUGACAAGUGGAUCAGACAAAACAAGAUGGAUUUCCUGGGGAUUCCUUCCUGUGUUGGCUUCGGUCCUCAUGCAGAUUCCUACAGGUUUCUGAUUUUCCCCAACAUGGGCCAGUCUCUCCAGUCUGUCAUUGAAGAAGAAGAUGGUUUUCUGUCUGAAAAAGCUGUUCUUCACCUCGCCUGUAGGCUAUUAGAUGUUCUGCAGUAUAUCCAUUCCAAUGAGUAUGUUCACGCUGAUAUUAAUGCAGAAAACAUCUACAUCAAACCAGGACAGACAUCACAGGUUUACCUUGUAGGAUACUGCCAUGCUUUCAGGUACUGUCCUGGAGGCCAACACGUGGAGUACCGUGAAGCCAGCAGGACACCACAUGAAGGCACUAUGGAGUUCAUCAGCCUGGAUGUUCAUAAAGGAGCAGCGCCGUCUAGACGCAGUGACUUGCAGUCUCUGGGUUACUGCAUGCUACGAUGGCACACAGGGACGCUGCCGUGGACCACCCUCACUCAACCGGACCAGGUAGUCGCCCAGAAACAGAGGUACAUGGAGGAUGUUCCUGCUCUGUUGAGUCACUGCUUUGGGAAGACAAGAGUCUCCAGUGCGUUUCAGACUUACCUGACUGCCGUGAUGGCUCUGCAGUACUCUGAGCAGCCCGACUACACAGCGCUGAAGGCCGGACUCAGUGCAGCCUUACUGCAGAUGGGGGGGUCAUUGGAGCAGCCUCUUAGUUUUUAGAGAAAUGGAACAAAAAGAAAACAGUUGGAAGGUGGACUGCAUUUUCUUUAUAUAAUUGUUUUAUCAUGCUGUUUUUUUUUUAUCUGUGAUGUUACAUUGCACUGAAAGCAGAGUUACAGUUCUAUAUGUGCAAACAACACUUACACCAGGUCAAUAGGAUUUCACUGGGGUCAUCAUUUUAAACAUUCAUGUUGUGUUGGUUUCUCAGAUAAAUUGCACUGUGGUUUUUAGCAUUACAAUGAAUGAGAGAGGGAUUCAGGUUCAGUUUCAGAGACAGAUCUUGGGAGAUGUUGAUGCUUUAUUAGUUAAAUGUGUUACAAUGACCUUUACUCUUGUCUGGUUUCAGGUACUUUAUUUUAACAGAUUGCUUGUUUCAGCUGUUUUCUGUUUCAUGAAUUUACCCUUUUUCUCCUGUGAAUGUAAAGGGGAGAACAGAUUGACAAUGCAAAUGUUUUCUGUGUCUUUCCUGUCAUGAUGUGAAUUUAGUCAUUUCUUUAAGAUGAGCCCACAAACAGAUGGGGAUUGACACAACUCCUCAAAGCUUCCUUAUAUUGUCUGUAAACAUAGUUAAUUUGCAAUAAUAAAGUGGCUGUAUUUAUAACAGUG